CGUGUCCGUUACACUGUACACAGUACAGCGCAGCCACAGCCUGACGAGGUCGACUACACAUUCGCGACCACGGCGUGCUCCUGGCAGUGCAUCCUCGCAGAGAGUCGACGCAAACACGGCGUGCCACAGCAAGACUCGAAUUGCUUGAUAGAUCCAUCCACUUGCCCGCCAACGACGUUGGGCGCAUGUCCGAUGUCGACGAUGAUACUCUCAUCCACCUCUUCAGCUUUCUGCCCGUACGCUCUAUCCUCGCGAUGAGGCAGACGUGCAGGCGCAUACAGCUCAUGUCGCGCACCCGCAUCGUCUGGCGCAACGCGUACAUUGCCCAGGUGCUCUUCGCCGGGUAUCCCUUCCCCCGCCGGGAGCUCGCCAGCAUGGACACGGCGCAGCUCGAACACGCCGUCCGACGCGCGAUACGGAUCGGUGCGUUUUGGCGGUCGCCGGAGGUGCCGCUGAGGGAGGCGAGCGAGUUCCAUGCGAGCUUCGGGACGGGGGUCACGGACGUGCGGUUCUUGCCUGGGCACGACGGACGACGGCUUGCGACGCUGUCUAAAGGGAUCUGGUCGGUCAUCACUUGCUGGGAGACUUCAGUUGGGGGCGCUGGCGUGCGGAUAAUUGCGAAGUGGUCACCCAAGAGUACGAUCAUCACAGGGUUGGUGGUGAAUUCAGAUGCGGGGUCAGACGCGCUCAUCGCGACUUCGACUCACGGAGAGCGGCAGCGCAUCGAGUUACUGUCACUUGCGAAGGACGCAAAAGGCAGCGAUACCUUGCAGUCCCUGGGUGUGAUCGACGCUGCUAUGAGGCCUAUUGCGCUGCAGGGCGACCUAUUGGCGUACGGCGACGAAUCAUCUCAGACAGUUAUCACCAAUUGGAGAACGGGUGAAAUAGCACACCUGCAAGGUGCCGACGAACCUGUCGACCUGAACUUCCAGGCAAGUGAGAGUGAGGGGUGCCGCCCUGUCUCACUCAAUUACAACCGGUACCUUCAAGUCGUGUUCGCACACAAGAGCAUCCUGGUGGUGCGCGCGCGGUCCAUUGAGCUGUUCCCAGAGCCUGUCCUGCGACCUCCCCACGAGCCGUGUCCGAGUUAUCGUCCGCUCGCUCGUUAUUCCUUCGGCUGGAUCGACGGCGUCAGCGUGAACGUGCAGACGCGCGGGCAAGAUGUAGACAGUGCUGUCAAGCCGCUCUCCAUCCUCCUGCGCGCGGAGAGCGACGACCCUUGGAUGUCCGACACGCACAUGCUCGACCUCUUCGUGCUCGAGCCGAACCCGGCGUACACAGCGGACGACCCGCCACAAGACCCGGCCACGGACACUACCGAAGACCCCACCACGUCUGCAGGCCCCGGCGAGGACCACGCCCGCCAUCCCCUUGCUCCCUACAUCUUUCCGCCUGUCCACUCGGGCCUCUCCUCGCCAUCCGUGCGCGGCAUCCUGCGCUGCACGGACAUCGUCCUCGGGCCGCACGGCACCGCCGUGUGGAUAAUGCCGCGCGGGGCGCGGAGCGCCGACCUCACCGCGCUGGACGUGCACCAGUCGGAGGUAGCGGGUGCGGGGCUGACUGCACAGCAGCCGGAGGUGCUUGCGGGCGCGAUGUUCGCGGGGCCGAUGCUCGGUGCGGAAGGCGGGGACGGGGGCGAGGGCGAGGAUGGGGAGAGGGGGAGCGGUGUGAGGGCGCGGACGGUGUAUGUGCGCCGGGCGGCGAGCGGGAGUGCGGGGAAUUGGACGGCGAUGGACUAUGUGGAGGAGCUGGGCGUGGUGGCGUUGGCGUCGUCGCAGGGGAUGGUUACUGUGUUGGAACUUGGCUGAUCCUCCUGACAGUCAAAAUGAAUAUAUAUUUGUACCCGUGCUCGUCUCGUGCGCGUGCCCCUCGACAUAUAACUUGGCUACAGCGUUUCCAGCAUCCUCCCAGUUCCACAUAACUUAUGCGCACACCAAGUCCUCCUCAGUCGUAAACGCCUGCCUCUGAUUGGCUCCCACGCCCGCACCCGGGUCCGGCAACGCGCGGCCGGGCUCGGGCGUUGCCGCUCGCCCAACGCGACUCUUUCCG